AUGACCUCCCUGGUCAGCACCUCACACCUCCAGCUGGCCGCCUUCGCUCUGGGUACGGUAGGAUGGAUCCUCUGCACCUUCUCGAUGGGAAUGGUGGAAUGGAGAGUGUGGCACGUGGACAACACCACCGUCAUCUCUUCUGGCAUCGCCUGGGUGGGCAUUUGGAAAGUCUGCUUCAUCAGUUACCUUCACAUCUCACCUGGCUACAAAGAACAGUUCUGCCAUAAAUUCAGUGGCUAUGACUCCUUCAUUCCCCGCGAAAUCUACGUUGCACAGGGUCUCCUAUUGAUUGCCAUGUUUGUGGGCUUGGUGGGGCUGACUGCCACAGUAUUUGCUCUGAGAAAUGUUUAUAUGGGCAUCGCUCACAAAACUCUCAUUACCCGUUUCUUCCUGGUGGGUGGCCUCUGCUACAUAUUCGCUGGUCUGUGCGUCCUGAUUCCUGUCAGCUGGAAUUUCUACUCCGUAGCUCAAAACCAGAGCAUCUCUUUUCCUCCUUCUUACUACAUGCCCACCAGCCCAGCAGCACAGGACGCCGGCGCUGCCAUUCCUAUCGGGAUUGUGGCUGUCAUCCUCCUGCUGCUAAGUGGAACUUUUUCUCUCUCGUACAGAUUUCCAGUGGCCACAAACACAACUGUAAAUCCUGAUGGGAUAAACCUCCCCUCUGCUGUUUCAGAACAAGAACAGAGUCAAGAGAUAAGAACGACAUCAAGAGUGAUUUUAUAG